GCCCGUGUGUACAGGGCAGCGGGAUGAUGGCGGAGGCCGGGUCCCAGGCGCCGCCUCCCGGCCCCAGGCUGCAGCCCCCGCCGGCUACUUUCUUCGGCGCCCUGGAGCCGGGGAACCCCGUGAUCGACAGCUUCGAGUCGGAGCUGCGGGACUUCCUGGGCUUCAUUCGCCGGCUGCAGAGCGUGGGGGCGGCCGAGCCGCGGGGGCAGGAGCCGCACAGACGCGGAGCAAACACUUUGUUUAAUAUUUGGAUCAAGUAUAAGCCUCGACUGCCAGAUUGGUAUUACAAUGAAAAACUUCUGAAAGUUGGUGACCUCCUUAUUCAGAUCAAAGAAUAUAAGCUGGCACUUUUACAGUGCUAUGGACGGUAUCUUCAGCAGUUCAGUUCAAUAAACCUUGAUGAGGUAAUAGCAGAUGUGAAUCAGUUUAAGUCCAUGUUUUUUCCAAAUGGCUUUGGUGAUAAAAGUGCUGCACUUACGUUCCAUGCUUUGCAAGGAAGGAAUAUUUGCAUUUACCAGAUGGUAUGCAUCAGUGAUAGAAAUCUCCAGAAUCAAGAAUCUCUGCAGAUGUGUUUCAAUAUCUUGUCCUCCUUACGACUCAUUAUGCAGGUGGCUCUACCUCAGGAGCAUUUGUGUUGGCUUAUCUAUAAUGGUACAAUUUAUAUAUACACAAUAUGCAGACGUUUGAUGAGCAUAGGUCAGUCUGCUAAGGUGCUGGAAUACCUAUUGUGGGCCAGCAUAUGUAUGGAAUCAUCAGUACCACUUUUAGCUGUACACUAUUUGACAUGGAGAACCACCCUUUACACUGCAGUUUGUUAUUGUUAUUAUGACAACCAAGCCAGCAUCCAUGGAGAGGUAUUCGCUCGCCGUGGUCUGAGUAAAAUUGAUGAACUAAAGCAAUUGGAAAGCAUGAGUUGUUCACCACAAAAUUCAGAAACAAAAAAAGUUUUUAGAGAGGCCACUAUAAAGAUGGCAGUAAUGGUUUUCAAGAGAGCAGUAUAUGAAUCCAGAAGAAAGCCCAAAGGAUUUUUUCGACCAAAAUUAAGGGUUAAUCUAAAGGAAGCACAAAAUGUAAGUUUAGAAUUUUGUGUAAAUCUUUUUCUUUUUGAUCUGUUUAUUACUUAUUUUUAUACUUGCUUGCAGUCACUUUGCAUCAUUGCAGUCUCCACUGCUGGAAGGCUUUAUGCUGUGGACCUGCGUCAGAGUUUUUGGUGGGGUGGUGGCAGCUUUGCUAGUACACAAGGAAGUUAUUGUACUGAGUCUUCUGGUGUAAUAAAUGAAUCAUCGACACUUCUGCAGCUUAUAUUAACAGGGAAAAAUGGUGUUUCUGGAGAAGCUGCUAUGAAGUUUAUAAAGUUAGCUUUCAGCUAUGAAGAGUGGGAUGUAUUUGAUUCUACUAUUGGACUGAUUGCUAAUUUUCUUCAGAAUCAAGAUGAUCCAAUAUGGAAGAAAGCAGAAAUGGAACUCAGGCUUAUCAUUGCGAUGCAGCCGCUAGUGUCUACAAGAAGAUCUAAACACGGCCUCUCUGUCCAGGAAAAUAUUUUCAAGGAAACCACAAUAUCUCGCAGUUCUGGAAGAAGAACAAUUGCACUUCAAGAAGGAUCCCUAAAGCCUGGAGACCCUUCUGAUGAUCUUGUCACUUUGGCAACCACAGUGUUUUCCUGCGUAUGUACAUCUAAGCAGACUCUCCAACCAGAUAAAGAAAUACUUGUUGAUAUUGUAAUGUUUCUGUGGCAGAAGUGCAAAGUAGGAGUUCAGCGGAUCCAAACGAGUGGAAGUGCCUACUUAAAAUAUAUCUACAAAUUCAAAGCUUACAAAUGGGUUCAUAUACUUUGGAUAAUAAAUGAAGUAAUUCACAGCAGUAACAUAGUAGAUGCUAAUGUUGUAGUACUUGCAGAGGUCACAUUACGCCUGACUGCGAUAUUGGAGAACAUAGCUGACUGUGCAAAUAAAUCUGCAAAAACAGCAGGAGAAAGAAGUGAAUCAGUAUUACCUUCGCAAACUCAUAUCUGUGACAUUCCUGAAAUUCUGAAGAAAAGCCCUGCAGAACAGUUACAUUUUGCUUAUGAAAAUCUUGAAAAAGCAAUUAAUGGAAUGAACAUGUCUCGCUUAAUGACCAUUUUACCAGAUGGAAAAUCAGUACUUGAUACCUAUUGUACAAAGAAGAAUUCAAAUGGCCAAAAUCUGAAUGCUUCUUCAGCAUAUGGUAAUGAUAAGCCAGCCCCAGGAAACAAUUUUGUGAUGGAUUUACACUUGGAGCUUAUUCAGGCUCAACACAGAGUCGCUGUGAAACUUCUUAACAUGAAACAAGGUGUUCAAAUGGAUGGCAAAAAUCUCAAGUCUACCAAGUCUCCUGGGAAAGAUGUAAAUUGCCUUCAUCUCUUCACAGAAUCAGAUAUAAUAAAUAAAAUUAAAAAGAAUAAGUUAUCCAAAGCUAUCUUCCUGAUGCAAAAGGCUGUAUUGAUGUUCCCUAAAGGAUCAGCCAGUUCUUCCCAAAAGCACCUCCUUGAGGAAGCAUUAGCUUUAAUUCAGAAGGUUGAAGCUGAACAAAAUGCAUUGUGCUCCAGUCUGAAACAAGCUAUGACUAGCAAGAAAAACAGAAUCCCCCCUCCUCCUCUGUUGCUUUCCAGAUCACAUUGCUCCAUGACAUUUAAACCAGCCCCAUUCUCCUCAGAUGUUCAGGUUUCAUGGUACAGUAUUUUGGGCUGCGUAGCAGCAGGAAGCAAUUUAAAAGUAAGGUUAAAUAAUCAUCAUCUUCCAAAUGCAGGAGAAGAGAUACCAGCUGAUGGAAAAAGCCUUUUCGAAAUAAAAGGCUUAGAUCCCAAUGAAAAGUACAUAUUUGCAGUUGCAGCAUAUUCCUCGGAUGGAAAGCUUAUUGGUGAUGCCAUUGGGGAAACAACUAAACCAAUCCUUGCUUAUCCACCACUUUCUGCUACUACUGCUCGAGCAUAUCUGACUCAGAUUGCCUAUCAGACAGAUAACUAUACAUUAGCCAAAAAAGCAUUUUCACCAAUGUGGGACUAUUUUGUCUUGGCUCCUUCAACACCAUCUGCUGAUCCAGCAGUUAUUUCUACAAGCAAUAAUUUGACUAUAUCUCAGAACAGAUUAUGUCUUGAUGCUGUAUCUCAGACUUCUCCAAUCCUCUUGCACCUCUUUCUUAGGAGCAUUUUUAUUAUUAAUGAGAUUAAUGUUAAGGAAGGAGCACUCUUCUGUGAUUCCAUUUGUUCCAAAGAGAUACUGUACAAUGGACAAGUUGCUAGACUAGCUGAAUGUGAGAGAAUGGUAGCGGCGAUUGAACUCAGUAAUUGGUUAAAUGAUGCAAAUUAUGCCCUGCAAUCUGUUGUUCAAUGUUAUGGUCUCCUUGCUCCGAUUAUCUAUCAUAAGAUUGCUUCAGUGCCAGUAGUUCAGAUCCUCAUCAAGUGUCUAACAGUCCUGCAAGAAGUCCCCAGUUCUACUUUACAGAGGAAACAGACAAGUUGUUAUGAGAGUAUUCAGCAUAUGAUAGCUUGCUCCUCCUUUUAUACAGCACAGGUACUGCGUUCAUGGAAAGAAUAUGAACUAGCAUUAAUUAUUAUUAACUAUGGAAAAAAGUUGUUGGAUUCUUCACAAACAUCCCAUGGACAGUCUAAAUUCAGUAGUAUUGAAGAAAUGCAAAUUGACACAGAAACAGAAGAUGAGAGUCCUUACAAUAAAAAGAAGUCCCAAGCCGCUGCAGUUGAAAAAGCAGCUGAGAACCUAGCAGCUCUGGAAUCAAACCUCCUCAAACUGACAAGACCAGGUACUGGACCAGAGAUUACAGGACAAGAAGAUCCUUUUUUUCUCUACCCUAUAAUUUCAUGUUGGACAACAAAGAAUGCCUACAGGGAAGUAAUGAAAUUCAGGAAGAAACCUCGUUUCCUUGAGUUCUUUGUUCAAGUUUUGCACAAAACACUGAAUGAAGAGAAAUUUCAACGAAUACUGGAAUGGACAGGCAGUGUGAAAGAUUUCUUAAGAAGGAGGAAUAACCACUUUCUUGGUAUCAAGGGAACUUUGGCAAAGGAAGUUAGUGAGCUCAGUGUAUCUGAAGAUGCAAAGCGGCACACAACAGCAGUAGUGGAGUUCCAAAAGCCCCUAGAGGCAUCAACUUUGAAGAAACCAAGAAAAGAAGUAAUGUCCCCCUUUAGAGGAAGAGAGAGUCUUAGACAAUAUUUCCUGAGACACCCAAGUCUGGGGAAAUCUCCAGAAGCACAAAGGAAACAGCGAGAUGAGAUAGAAAAAGUAGCUUUUCACACCCUGGUGGUACUGCUGAAUCCAACUGUUAGUAAUUACUUAAAACGAAAAAGGUUCCAUCAGGUAUGUCUUGAGGAGAUGCCCUGGAGGUCUCAGAUGAACAUUUAUCUGGCAAUUACUCACUUCAAUUUGUUUAAAAAGCGGCUGGAAGAGCAAUAUAAUAUUGGAGUUUGCAGUUUACAACAUUUGAACAGUUAUGAUGUUCUGGACCCUGAAAUAUUCUCAUUAAAUAAUUCUGGCAUCAUAGUUGUGAGAGGAGGAACAGAUGACAACAUAGGAACCCUGAGUCACUUGCUGAUUAAAAGAAAACAAUCAGAAAGUAGCAGAAAAAUAACUGAUCCUGAUAAAUCUUCGGAACACAGCAGUAAAUUCAGUGAAGCAGAUACUCCUCGAUCUCAAAUGACAAAUGAUACAGAGUUAUCCACGACUCUUUCCGCCAGAGAGCAUGAACGGCCUAUGUCUAAUGCCAUUCUGUUAGAGCAUUUCACAAAAACCUUUCUGCAUUUAAGAAGAGCAGUGGUUCUCGCUCAUCGUGGUGGCCACUGGACAUUGCUUCAAAAUACCUGCCGAGAGCUUUGGAACUAUAGUCAAGAAGCGCUGUCAGUUGCCAAGCAUUCACAUUCUCUUCAACGAUUAUUUCCUAUUACCAGAAAUUUUCUUAUCAGCACCAUCUGGUUGCCAUUCUAUUUGGCAUCAGAUACGAUACUUGAUAUGAUAAUUGAACUACAAACUAGUAAUUCCCUUAAGAUUUUUGAUCCUGAAGGAGAUUUCUGUGUUCCAAGUUGUGUAGGAGGAAUUGCUGAUGAGGACGGGGGUUCUAAUCUUACUUUUUGCUGCCCUCUUGAUGAUAUCAAUGUGGUUGACUUGAGAUGGAUAUGUGGUCUGGUACUUAGAACUAUAGAGCUCUUAUACCAAAUGAAGAAAUGGGAAGCACUGGUACAUAUAGCCUUGCAUUUUAACACAAUUACACAUGAAAGAUAUGCAGAACAAGUGACUCCACUGCUGGUAUAUGCACAGAGACAACUUCUGGAGAGAAUACAGCAAUUCAGAGGCCCAGAUAGUCCUCAGCCUCAUUUCAUAAAAUAUCAGGGUGAUAAUGCAAACAAGCUGAUAGAAAACAGAAUAAAACUCUUCUUCUGCUACAGAAGAUAUCUGCAAUAUGAUGGAUGCAUUUUUAUGUUUUACAGAUCUGCUUUUAAAUAUUGGUGUCAAGCCCUUGAUGAAACACUCAACAUAGCUGAUGUACUUAACAACUGGCAAGAGUUAGAUGGCUUUUCAAAAAAUGUUACUGACGACUUUACGGAUGAAAGUUCUAAACAUUUUAGUGAGAAAUGUAUUUAUCAAGCUGGAAUUUGGGGGUGCUUGCAUGCAGCAGUUUUAGCAGCUAAGAUAGCUCAGUACAUAUUGACAUCAAAUGUGAGACUAAGAACUAAAUGCUGCAUUUUCUCUGCUAUACUCUUUAAGACAUUGUUUAAAGUCUCUAUUCCACAUCCCACAGCUGAUUGUGACUUUGCACAAUAUGAAAUACACAAACUUAUUCCUGGCAUUGAUUUGUUCUCUGAUCGCUACAGAGCUGAUGUCUCCACUGUAGUUGCAAGUCUGAGUUUUCUUAUAUUUGAAUUGCAUUGUGCAAAGCAAAAUCUAAUAGUUUUGCCACUGUUUACAUUGUACCAAUACUUUGUUUCUGAAAUUUGUCGGGACCCGGUUAAAUGUAUUGAAGGAAGAAUCCUCAAGAUUAAAGUACUUACAGAUUUAGGAUUUUUUGCGGAGGCUUUCUCUGAACUGUGUCUGCUCAAUCAUGGCGAAAAAAUUCCCUGGAAAGUACCUGCAGGCUACAGACUUAUUGGGAAAAUGAUGUCCUUUCAGAAAUUCGACUCAUCAAAACCCCUCCUGACAAAUGCAAACUUACAGGUACUAGAAGACGUAUUUAAUUGGAGUCUACCUCCAGCUGUGGUUUCAAUGUGUGAUCAACAAAUCAUGAAUAAAUUAACUUUGGCCAAAAUGCAUUUAAUCAUUUGUCUUUCGGCAACAAUAAAUAGUAUUCCUGAAAAAGUGAUGAAAACAAUCUAUUCUGUGGAUAACACUAGCUUAAAAAAGCCAAGCAGAAUCAUGGAGUCAAGCAUAAAAAUUAAUGCAGAAGUUACAAGACCCCAGGAACAAAGCAGCAUUAUUGUGCAACUGGUCAGAUGUAAAGACGAAUUAAAUAUGGCUAUGCUAAAGGGGAUUUUAUUGACAGAAACUGAAGAAAGGCUUAACUCUCUUGUAGCCAACAUACAGAAUGAAUAUGACGGGAAGAUUUCUCACUGUUCUGCUGUAGAAUUAGAGACUGUUAUUGAGGCCAAGCUUCAGCUUGCAGUUAUUUCUCAGCAGAGACAUCAAACUGCUUUCAGUGCUGCUUUGGCUUUCUCUGCAAUUCGACUUCUUCAGGAUGCAAACAUUUUCAGGAAGAAUGUUCCACAUAUUCAGCUAAAUAUACAGCAAACAGAGCGUCGAGAUUCUUAUGUAGACAGUACUCAGCUGCCUUGCAAUGUAAUAGCACAAGAACAUAUGAACAUACGUCUGUGGCUGAGAUGUCGCAUGGCAUUAGUGACUGCACUAACAGCACAGAUCCGUGGCAUUGGUGAUAUGAAAGAAAAUGACAUGACUGAUUGCUCAAGUCUAAUAAAUGAAGUAAUAAUAGAAGCAGAGGCCUUCAGUGACAUUGAGACACAGGCUGAAGUGAUGGUGCAAGCUGUUAUACUGGACCUGCAAGAAAGGCGCCCUGUGACCGGCAUUAAGCUUCUUCUGCAGGAUAUAAUCAAUUUACUCCAAGAAAAGCCAUUUAUUUCCCCUAUGGCUUCUUUAACACUAGUGAAAAGUAUGCUUCUGCUGGCAGACAUAUUGACAACACAAACAGAUGAGGACACUGAGCAUCACUCUUCUGCAAUCGAACGAUUAAACUUGUUAAUUCUGGCUCACAAAUUUACUAUUAAACAGAUUUUUACCCUUGGAGAACCAAUCGAACAGUGCAUAGAAGACCCUGCAUUGACAAGUCCAGUGAUUCCUUUGAAAAAUAAUUACUUGCCAGCUAUCAAUUUACUGGCAAAAGUCAAAAUGAGAAUUGCACAUGCAUUAGCGCAAGAAGUAGCUUGCACAUCUAAAAGAGAGAAUCCAUUACAAUGGUUACCUGCUCUCAGUCACCUAGAAACAGCAUUGGACCUUUGUAGAACAUCCGCAACAAGAGAAUUAGAUUUGCAAGCGGAAAUUCUUUUUCAGAAAGGUAAGGUAGAGCGCCAGAUUAUUGAAGCAGGUAACAAUAAGUCACCACGAGCUGCUGAAACCCUGUUGGAUGCCAUAAAAGUGAGCCAGCGAAAUGAUCAAAACUUUGGGCUGAUAAGGAAAUCCUACCUGGAGAUAGCACUGUUAUAUUUCCAUUUGGCUACAUAUAGGGAAGAGGCUUCACAAACUGUUAAGAUAGAGGCCUCCAAAACAAAGACUACUCCCAAAGAACACUUGGCUUCUACUGAGAGAAUCCCCGUUGCAACUGAAGUGUACAGAGCACAGGCCUGGAUUGCAAUCAGAGCAGCUACACAGGUCAGUGAAGCUAUGCUUGCCUCUCAGCUAUUAAUUGGAAAGAAGAGUGUUAAAGGCCACCAAGUGAAAGCCACAACACAACAGAACAUCCCAGAAUUUGCUUCUAUGGACCUUCUUGCUUCAUACAAAGAUUUUUUGUCUGAUGGAUAUGAGGUUCUCUAUAAAAACCUUAUGGCCUCUUCUAUCAAAAAUGAAGAAAUCAUACAAAGUGAAAAGGACCAAAUUGAAAGUGAAGGAACAGAAUAUAAUAUCUCCAAGGACAGCCAGUGGAAACAAACUAUAACAUGGGUGCAUUUAAUCCGCUACCAUAAUUACUUAAUAAGACAUAACAUGAGCCCUCUCUUUGCUGUCUCCAAAUCAACACCUGGAUCAUUUUCUAUGGAAGAUGCACUGUUCACUUCUGUUUUUGAUACUGGAAUUGUUCUACGUUUAGCAGAAAUGCAUAUUUUCCUUAAAAAACAUCUGUAUAUCUAUUCAACAUGUUGUCUUGAAGAUUUUCCAAAACAACUGCAGUUUUUAGAAAAACCAGGUGCUAAUCUGGCUGCUGUUCCUGUAAAGAUGUCUCUAGAAAUUCUUGGAGCCCCACAUAAAAUGUCCACAGUGAGAAUAGCCUCCACAGUUUCUUUUUGCACAGACACAGACAUUCAGCUAGACAACAAGGCAACGAUUGCUCCAAACAAGGAACUUUGCAUUCAGUGGUACAUUCCAUCUCUGGAGAAGUCAACAAAAGAUAUGGAGACUAUGGUUUUGCUGCUUUAUGCUUACAAUACAAAGUAUGUCAAGAUUGUCAGCAUCAAGACUUUCAAUUCAGCCAAUGUGUUUUCUGGUCACUUGUGGAUUCCACUGACUAGAAUUAUUUCCUUACAUGAGAAAUUGUCUAAUGUGAAACAGCAAAUCGAAAUUUUGGUGCAGUCAUCUACAAGUUUUCCUUUACAAGAACAAAGUGAAAGACAGAAACGAGAGCCUUCAACAAAGUCCAAAAUUAAUCUCGCAAAGGUGCAACUUGAUGAAAAAAUAGAAGAAAUGCUUAAACAAUGUUUGUCUGAAGUAAAAGCUUUGCUGUGUGUUGUUCCAGAUCUGUCCUCUCCAUUAAUUGAGGUCCCAUUUGAUGUUACUUUGCAGUCAAUAAAAAAUUUGGAGAAAAUGUUUGAUCCUGCUAAUGGAUGUAUGAUAGCUGGAGGAAGCCUUUUCAACUGGGUUGUAUCUCUGCUCCCUUGAAUUUUCUUUCUGUAGUAACUUAAUCAAAUACUGAAUUUCACAGUUUUAAAGGUCAAAUUGUGUUCCUACUUAAGCCAGUGGGAAUUUUGCCAUUGAUUUUAAUGGGACCAAGAUCUGGCCCCUAUUGAUUUGUGUAGUUUUUAGUUACAUUUUGGAAAAUGUCACCUUUUAUGUUUUAUUAAAUAAGUGAAAUAUUAAAUAACUUUCCUUCUUCCUUAUGUUUCUUAAACGAAAUAAUGUCUUUUUCAGGAAUUAAUGUUCUUAUAGGAACUUUUUGUAGUAAAAAGAUUUAAAAUGUAAGCUAUUCAGUCCUAAAUAAGUGAGUCUGUAUUUUGCUGAGGUUUCUCCUUUUCAAAAACCUCAUGUUGAUUAAAAAAUGUGACUAGGCCAAAAAGACUGUUUUCCCUUGAGAUAUUGCAGGCCUUGUAGCCUCCUAAUAUUCAAAUAUAAACUAUGGAUUUUUUCAUAAAGCAUGUAUUAUAUGCUAAACUUUACCCUA